UCCUGGUCCUGGUCCUCACUGUGAUCUGCGGGAUGCCUGUGGACUCAGAUUCAGUCCAGAAAACCGUCUCAGCUGUUGAAGGACAAACUGUCUCUCUGCCGUGUGAAGCUACGAACGAUGAGACCAUCAGAGUGGUGGAGUGGACCAGACCGGACCUGAAGGACCAGCCUGUUCUGUUAUACAGAGACGGACACUUUGAUCCAGAUAAUCAUCCUUCUUAUCGGAAUCGAGUGGAUCUGAAGGACGUGAAGGACGGAGACGUGAGUCUGAUCCUGAAGAACGUGACCUUCAAUGACCGUGGGACAUUCGAGUGUUACGUCAUCCAAGGAGGAGAACAGUCCAGAAAGAAGAGAUCUGAAGACACCGAGUCCCUCAGCUUGGUCUCUCUCUCAGUGUUUCCUCCUCCAGGAGACCCAGGAGGACGAGGAGGGGAUGGAGGACAUGUUGGUCUGAUUGUUGGUGUGACUGUAGCUGCUCUGGUUGUUGUUGGUGUUGUGAUGCUUCAAAGAUACCUGAAGAAUCAGGUCGUCUCCGAGACACUGACUGCAGGCUGUGGACUCUCCGUCUUCCGUGGUGGAGACGCUGGAGACCCAGGAGGACAGACUGGACUCUGAAGCCCGUCACACAGUCCAGGGACCCUGCUGCUG